AGGAAGACAUUGUCCUCACUGCUCGUCUACGCGUCGCCUUAAAUCAAGUGAAUGUGCUGUGCCCGGUCUUCUUUCGACAUGGCAAGUGGCAGUUAUCUAAAAAUUAUAUUUGCAGGAUUACCGAUGAAAUACUGGCUACCGCGCGACCGUCUACAGAAAUUAUCCGAAAGAAGAACUUAAUCAAUGUUUUUAAAGAGUUUCAGAUUAAGACAAUAAUAAAUAUGCAAAUACCGGGUGAACAUCCCCAUUGUGGUGAUGGUAUCAACAAGACUGGAUUUUCCUAUGACCCUGAAAUCUUUAUGGAAGCUGGAUGUAGGCCCUCGCUUGACCUCACCCAAGCGAAACUAUCAUAG